GACCUUUUUGUUGGGAAUUGAUUUCUCCGGAAAUCGCGUUCUCUCUCUCUCUUCGCAUUUCAGCGAACACCGCGUCGAUGCGGGGGGCCUGGCAGAGAUCUCCGCGACGGACGAUCGGUCCCCCGUCCGAUCCCUAAAUUGGAGCUUCUCUGUAGAUUUGGGGCGGAAUUGGGGGAAAAAGGAGCGAUCUUGGUGAGGGGUUGUAGUGAGAGGAGGUAUUUCGAUGUCGGGGAAGGUGGGGGAGAAGAUGGUGCCGCUUGGGGUGCUGCUAAAGAAAGAGCAGUCGGGAGAGAGGAUGGAGAGGCCCGACGUGACGCAUGGGCAGGCGAACCAGAGCAAGAAAGGUGAGGAUUUCACGAUGUUCGAGCUCGAUUGCCAGCGUGUUCCCGGGGACAAUGUCUCCACCUUCUCCGUCUUCGCUCUUUUUGAUGGACACAAUGGGUCUGCGGCUGCCAUCUACUCCAAGGAGAAUCUCCUAAACAAUGUCAUAAGUGCAAUUCCUUCCGAUCUCAGCAGGGAAGAAUGGAUACGAGCACUACCAAGAGCUUUGGUUGCUGGGUUUGUUAAAACAGACAAAGAUUUUCAGGAGAAAGCACAUACAUCUGGGACAACAGUCACAUUUGUGAUAAUAGAUGGAUGGUAUGUAACUGUUGCAUCAGUCGGUGAUUCGCGUUGUAUACUUGAAUCAGCUGAAGGCUCAAUUUAUUCUUUAACCGCAGAUCAUAGACUGGAAGUUAAUGAAGAGGAGGUGGAACGCAUUACUGCCAGUGGUGGUGAAGUUGGGAGGCUAAAUACUGGUGCAGGUGCAGAGGUUGGCCCUCUUCGGUGCUGGCCAGGUGGUUUGUGUUUGUCGAGAUCUAUCGGUGAUUUGGAUGUUGGUGAAUAUAUUGUUCCUGUACCACAUGUAAAGCAAGUCAAGUUGUCUUCUGCUGGAGGUCGACUCGUCAUCUCAAGUGAUGGUGUAUGGGAUGCUUUAUCCUCUGAAGCAGCUAUUGAGUGCUGCCGUGGUAUGCCUCCAGAUGCUGCUGCCAAUCAAAUUGUAAAGGAAGCUGUCCAGCUGAAGGGCCUACGAGAUGAUACUACUUGUAUUGUUGUAGAUAUACAACCUCCAGAGAAGACUACUCCUACAGUUCCACCAACAAAGAAAUCUGGAAAAGGCAUGUUCAAGAUGUUCCGCCGGAAAUCUUGUGAGUCAUCAUCCCAUACUGACAAAGAAAAUUUUGUACCUGACACGGUAGAAGAAAUAUUUGAGGAUGGAUCUGCGAUACUGUCUCGAAGGCUAGAAACAGAGUAUCCAAUAUGCAACAUGUUUAAGCUGUUCAUCUGCGCAGUUUGUCAGGUGGAGAUGAAACCUGGUGAGGGUAUUUCAGUGCAUGCAGAUUCAUCAAAACCUGGCAGAGUGCGCCCCUGGGAUGGCCCUUUCCUCUGCCCAAGCUGUCAAACCAAGAAAGAAGCCAUGGAAGGAAAAAGACCGCAAAAAUGAGACAUUCAUCGUGUCAAUGCUACUUGCUUUUUUACCAGUUCCUCUUUGAUGUUGGACUUCCACGUACAUACACCAUGGACAUCUGGAAAGUGGUGUCAAGAAUUUACAAAGCACAAGCAUCAAAGAUGAUUACAAUUGAGGUCCUCUUUGAUGUUGAAUUCCCAAACAGUGCAGGGAGAAGUAUAUCAUCUCUCAUCUUGUGUCAAACUCUGAUGAAACUGGAGAUUUUCUACAUUUUUUUCAGUGGGGCAAUUUGCUGAUCCUUUUUUGGGGACAUGAAGUUUGUGCCUGCCUGAGGAUGGACCUUUCUAUAAUUCAAAAAAUUCUUUCUACGUUCAUCGCCAUGUAAAUACCGGUGCAAAGUGAUUACGGUCUGAUUGUGUCAUUGGAAAACAAGUUGAAGCUUAUGUCUGAUUGUUAUUUAUUUUUCCUUUAUUUAUUUUUUUUCAUUAUUUCACUUGGACACUUGAAUUUGGGUUCUUUGCUAUUUGCUAUGAACCCAAGUUAUUAGUUGAUUUAUUGUACUCAUUUGAUUGUGUUUCCACGGAGAGCAUUGGAAUAUAAAUUUGAUGGUAUUGACAUUCAA